AUGAAUAAAAAUAGCAAUCUUUUGUAUAAAGAGUAAUUAAUAAUUAAUUUAAGAAAAAUAUUGGAUUUCCACAGAAAUUCAUGUUUGGUCUAAAAACUUUAAAUAGAUUCCUAGAAUAUCAAAUUGUAAGUCGGGAUACUGUUUGUAAUGGUAGAUUUGGAACUCACUUUCUAAAGUCACUAGAUAGAAAUGCGCAUGGUUUUAUUUUUUUACAUUCGAUAUAACAAAUAAAAGAUCAUUUUCGGAUAUUCAGGUUUGGUUUGGAUGUAAUAUUUAUAAAUAAAAUAAGAAGCCUUAUAGGAAUUGAAUUAAAUGAGUAAUGAUUGUGAAUUUCUUUUAAUGGGAUACAAAUGCGAUUUAGACAGAAAGACAGAUUCAAUUUUUUAAAGCUUCUUCAUUCGUCAAAAAGAACAGGUUAUAAUACUUUGA